AUGUCUAUCUUAGAUAACCGAAGAGAGGAGCCGUCCUUACUUUUGGUUCUAAAAUGGGGAGGAGAAUUAACUCCUGCGGGCAGGGUUCAGGCUGAAGAGCUGGGAAGAGCUUUUAGGUGUAUGUACCCUGGAGGUCAAGGAGAUUAUGCAGGAUUUCCUGGUUGUGGUUUACUCCGACUGCAUAGCACCUACCGACAUGACCUCAAGAUAUACGCUUCUGACGAAGGGCGGGUCCAAAUGACUGCAGCUGCUUUUGCAAAGGGUCUGUUGGCUCUAGAAGGGGAGCUUACCCCCAUUCUUGUUCAGAUGGUGAAAAGUGCAAAUAUGAAUGGCCUUUUGGACAGUGACAGUGACUCUUUGAGUAACUGUCAGCAGCGUGUAAAAGCAAGGCUUCAUGAAAUUCUUCAAAAAGACAGAGAUUUUACAGCUGAAGAUUAUGAAAAGCUUACUCCAUCUGGAAGCAUUUCUGUUAUCAAAUCAAUGCAUUUAAUUAAAAAUCCAGUGAAAACCUGUGACAAAGUUUAUUCCUUGAUUCAAAGUUUGACUUCCCAAAUCAGACAUCGGAUGGAAGAUCCCAAAUCAUCUGAUAUUCAGCUGUACCAUAGUGAGACACUGGAACUUAUGCUACGUAGAUGGUCCAAGUUGGAGAAAGACUUUAAAACAAAAAAUGGGAGAUAUGAUAUUAGUAAGAUUCCCGACAUAUAUGAUUGCAUCAAGUAUGACGUUCAGCAUAAUGGUUCCUUGAAGCUAGAAAAUACAAUGGAACUCUAUAGGCUUUCAAAGGCAUUAGCAGACAUUGUUAUCCCUCAGGAAUAUGGUAUAACUAAAGCUGAAAAACUGGAGAUCGCCAAAGGCUACUGCACUCCUCUAGUUAGAAAAAUUCGAUCCGAUCUUCAGAGGACACAAGAUGAUGACACUGUCAAUAAACUCCAUCCUUUGUAUUCUAGAGGUGUUCUGUCUCCUGAGCGGCAUGUUCGUACCAGGUUAUAUUUUACCAGUGAAAGUCAUGUGCAUUCCUUACUAUCCAUUCUUCGCUAUGGUGCCUUAUGCGAUGAAUCAAAGGAUGAGCAGUGGAAAAGAGCUAUGGAUUAUUUAAACGUUGUCAACGAACUUAACUACAUGACUCAGAUUGUAAUCAUGCUCUAUGAGGAUCCUAACAAGGAUCUCUCCUCAGAGGAACGCUUUCAUGUGGAAUUACACUUUAGUCCUGGAGCCAAAGGCUGUGAAGAAGAUAAGAAUUUGCCAUCUGGCUAUGGGUAUAGGCCAGCUUCCAGGGAG